UUUAUCUCUAAUUUUUAUGAUUAAAAAGAUGUGAACACUUUUAGAAAAUAAAGAUUUAAACAAACUCUUUUUAGAAAUGUAAAUUUAUUACCAAUGACUUAUAUUGCCAUAUGGAGGAAGUAUGUGUUUUUAGUGUUAAUGAUUGGCCAAUUAGAUUUUCCAUAGUUUUUUAAUAAUAAGGAGUAUUUUUGUUAUACUUGUAGGAUGAUUUAAUUCAAUAAUUGUUGAUGGAUCUUAAUAUCCAAUGUUUUUCUCUAUUUUUUAUUUUUUUAUUAAUUUGUUGAGAAUAAUUUUAUUUACUUCAAUUUAAUUUGAUUCUUUCUUCCUCCUAUAUGUUCUAUAAUAUUAAAUUGGAAUGUGAUAUUGAUGUUGUGUCUUUGUAUUUUAUAGGAAAUUGAGAUGCGCUUGAAAAUUUUAAAAAGUCUUACAAUAAAAAAUUUUAAGAUAAAAGAGAUUUUCAACUUGAAAAUUCUGGAGGCAAAGAAAAGUGCGAAAAGACUUGAACCAUUAACAUCAAGUUUACAAGAAUUGGUGUUGAUAGAUCUAUGGGAGUUGAGGAAUAUAUGUGUGGGCCCCAAAUGUAUUCUAAGCCUCAACAAUCUCUUUGAGUUACAAAUUAGAGGAUGCAAAAAGCUUGAAGUUGUCUUCUCUACCUCUACAUUGAGAAGCCUACCACAGUUGGAGACAUUAGUCAUAUCAGAAUGUGAAGAAUUAGUUGAGAUCAUUGAAGAGGAUAAUGAGGAAAGUGCUGGAGAUCAUUUGCCUCAUCAACCAUGCUUCCCGAAGUUAGAACUGCUAAUUGUUGAGGGCUGUCACAAGCUGAAGUAUUUGUUCUCUGUCACAGUGUCCGGUAUCCUUCCACAACUAUGGCGGUUGCGGAUAGGAGGCGCCUCCUCCCUCGAGCAUUUGCUGAUUAGACCAUAUGCGUCGAAAGAAAUGGCUAAGAAGGAUGUGCUUCCAAAGCUAAGAUAUGUAGUUCUGGAAAGAAAUCCAAGCCUCAUGAACAUCUGCCAUGGGAUUGAUUUUCAAACAUUGGAAGAAGAUUCAGUAGUGAAUGAUUGUCCCAAAUUUUCUUUUUAUGAAACCAUCGCUACUCAGCAUCAAGAUGGCCUAAAGGAUCUUGAUUCCAAUGUUGUGGCAAAAACAGAGGAGAAGGUUUCUUCACAUCCAAAUACAAAUCAGUCAGGCAUGGGAGAUACCAAAGAGAGCCCAAGUUUAAAAAUCCAACAAUCCCAAAUUGGUUCACCAAACUUCACAGGGGAAAUUGUUGAAGAGGAUGUUACUUCUAAGAUGCCAAGAUUGACAAAUUUACCAUCUGAUUCAAAAGACAUUGAUCAGCUGGAUGAGUUUGUUGGCAGUGAAGUGCUGAAUAAUGAAAAAAAUAUGGAAGGUCCACAACAACCCACAAAUGGGACAAAAAACAUUUCAAAGGGUACUCAAGAUCAAGUAGCAUAUUCAACUAUUCUAGAAGAUCCUAAUGUAGAGAAAAUUAAAACAACGAAUCAAUUAAACAAAGAUGAAUCUUCAAAGGAUGAGAUGGUCCUCAAAGAUUUGAAAAAGAAAGCAAUUGCAAUGGAUCCUCGUUCACUACGGGAGACCAGACAUGACAUACUAUAUAAUGAUCCCAAAAAUAUUGUUAAAGAAAGAGUUGAACGUGAUACUUCAUUAGACACCUUACAUCAUCCGAGCUCAUCAACUUCUACAAAGAAGGUACCUAUUCCUAUGAGUCCAAAUCUCGAUGGAGUCAUCACCAGCAAAACUAUAGAAAUUUUUGAAGAGGAAGAGCAAGAGGAAGAGGAAGGUGGCUUGAUAGCUACUAAACUUAAGAGAAAUGGCAUGAAGGCUACAGGUUCUUCAUCAUCAGAAAAAGAGCACGAAACUUCCCUUCACGGUGACCAUUCUCUACCACCUGGACAAAUUUUUUCAAGUGAGCGAGCUUCUAAGAUCAUCUUACCAUUGAGUCUUGUGCCAUCAAAAUCUCCAACAAGUCCCAAGCGAACUCCCUCCAAGUCUACUUAUGGAAGAAACGUCCAGGACAAUGUUGGGAGUGCUAAGAAGCCUUUGCAUCGAGUGGUGGAUACCAUUCAAGAUUCCAGUGUGGCACCUUCUAUUAAUGGCACCAAUAAAGCUUUGAGUGUUCCUGGGGUGCAAGAGAUAUUUGAUAUGAUGAAACUAGAAGGUGCUGAACCUUCCAUGAUAGAAGAAGCAUUCAAAACUCACCCACAACUACAUCUUUCUUCAGAGGAUCGAAGCACUGAGUUGUUAUGCUAUUCCUAUGGAGUGUUGCUAAAUAUCUUGAACAUUUUGGCCACAAAGACCCCCUUCACGAUCACUGAGGCAGACAAAAGAUUGUUGGCAAAACAUUUAAAGGAUGCUUCUGUUCUAGGCUUUGACAAAGAUUGGCUUGAGUCUAUCAGAAUCAAGGUUUUCAAUUGCGAUGCAUCAAAAGUUCAUCUCAUGCAAGAAACUCUAAAGGGUUUAGGCAAUAAGCUACAAGCCAAUAAAAUGGAACUUGCAAAUGUUCGUGAUCAAGAGGCAAAAGCUUCACAAUCAGUAGAAAUGGCUCAGAAAGAGUUGGAGGAAGCACAUAAAGAGUUCAAGGCAGCAUAUAAAGAGUUGGAGGAAGCUCAAUCUCAUUUUAAUGUUGCACAACAAGAACAUGCAAACGUAAGGGUUCAUCAUUCUGAACUUCUAGAGGAAUGCCAAGAAAUUCUGGAACAACGAGAUCAAUGUUCAGAAAUAAUUGCUGCCAAAUUUAGGCCAUUUGGCUUUUAAAAUAGAUGCCAUGUGUACUUUGUAAGUCAUGUUUGAAUUGUACUCCUUGUAGUUGUACUUUUUUAUUUCCAAGAAAAAAAUACUGUCAUUGACUGUAACAUUGCCGUACGUUUAUUUGCACAA